AUGAACCUUAGGAAUAAUCCGUUGAAGUUUUUCCGCAGGAAUCCAAAACGAAAUUUUAGGAAGCCGACUAAGAGUCCCAUGUAUCUUGGGAGAGUCAAAGCAAGGGACAAUGAAUACAAGAUGAAGGUUUUAAAGGAUUACUUGGCUUACCUUUAUUAUACCAAACAAUUACGAGAAAUACAAAGUGACAUCAACAUGUUGGAACAAGAUCACGUAGUCAGCGAACCAAUGCUUGCAUUGGAUUUCAGCAAGAUGAAGGUAUCUGAUACUGGAUUGGCAGCUCCUAGUCAUGAUGUUGAUCUUGUGUUGAUGAAACAAGACCACGUUGUUGUCGACGAAGCAAUGAUCGCCUUCGAUUUCAGCAGGAUGAAUGUAUCUGAUACUGGAUUGUCAGCUCCUAACCUCUAA